UCUAUCUCUUCUUUCUUCGAAGCACACACCACUAUCUCUUCCUCCAUUAUUUGUCUCCCUCAAUACUGCUCCUUUCUAUUCCUCGCAAGGCUCAUCUCCUUUUUAAGUUGUUUCAUUUAUUUAUAUACUUCUUACUUUGCAAUAUUGCACCCUAAUAAUUGAGAUGUCUAGCAGAAGGUCAAGAUCAAGGCAAUCAGGAGGUUCAAGAAUAACUGAUGAUCAGAUCAAUGAUCUUGUUAUCAAAUUGCAGCAACUUCUUCCUGAGAUUCGUAAUAGGCACUCAGAUAAGGUUUCAGCUGCCAAAGUGUUACAAGAGACUUGCAACUACAUUAGAAGCUUGCAUAGAGAGGUUGAUGAUCUUAGUGAGAGACUAUCAGAGCUACUAGCAACAACUGACAAUGCCCAAGCUGCCAUAAUCCGUAGUUUGCUGAUGCAAUAG